CAACAGCAAGACCUAUAGUGCCUGUGUCACGCCUCUGCCAGUCAGUGUGUUUUAAGGUGCCACUGAAGAAGCACAUCCCUUCACAGCCUUGCAAAUUACGAGCGUCUGCCGUUCCGAGAUGCAUCUCAGACUCCUGACGGCGGCGGUGCUGGUGGCUGUCGUAGCCGCGUACCCGAGUCUCUGGGAGUUGGAUGCUUUUGACGAUGACCUUGAGGACUUCGAGGUCGCUGAUAGAGAAAGGAGGAGUUCGAAGCCUCGAGGGAAACCGGAGAACAGUUCAAGUUCGAGUGAGAGUAGCAGUGAGAGUAGCAGUGAGAGUGAGGAGGACCUGCCAUUGGUUAGAACGGUGAGGAGCCCCCAUCC